AUGUCGGGGAAGAGAGAGAAGCUGCAGAUGGCCUUACGCCAGUACAUCAAAGAUACCUUCAGCCACAUUGGCACAGUCAGAGGAUUCUGUGAGAGCCGCUCUAAAUGGACGGAUGCAAGGAAGACAGAGUUGACGAAUAUGACAAAAGACACAGAUCAACAAAAACUGACUGCAGUGCUGAAGGACACUCUGGGAGGUCUGGAAGAGCUCGACUCCUUUCUGGAUGCGGUGGAGAAUCUGGCGGUCACCUCGCUUCAUGUGUUCGCGCUGGAGAACCAGGUGCUACAUCUGCCAGAGGGCAUCAGCCCUGAAGACGUUCAGCUGGCCAUCUUUGCUUCACGGAUAAUCUGCCCUCACCUCCUCGAGUUUAAAAGAGAUCCGAGGGUCUUCUUCCGUCCCAAACUUCAGAAUGUGGAAGUGAUGUCGUACCAGCUGAAGAAAUACAUUGAGACCACCCAGAACAUCUGUGAGCUACAGAAAAGCUCCUUCAGCGACUUUUGCCUGAAGACGAACGACGAAACCCUGGUGGACCUCCAUGUGGAUUUGUCAGAAGAUGACAUACAAAGGAUGCUUUGCCACAUCAAUGAGCUCAAGGAAAUCCGGAUGAACCGGCACUUCCGCACGGUGUUCUUGUUCCAGGGCGUUUCGUGUUCUGACUUCAUGCGUGAGUUCAGCGGGCGUCAGAGCGGGAUGCGUCAGUCUCUAAGAGACGUGGAGCAGAAUGCCGUUCAGCUCGACCGGAUGAACAAGAGGGCAAAGAUCUCCAGUGUGGCGGGCAGCUCAGUGGGGGCAGCUGGAGGCGUGCUUUCCAUCGUUGGCUUGGCGUUAAGUCCUUUCACAGCUGGGCUUUCUCUAGGUUUAAUAAUAGGUGGGACGACUCUUGGAAUUACCAGCGGAGUCAACAGUGUGGUCACCGCAUCCACCGAGGUUUUGGUAAACCGUAGUUCUAAAAAAAAAGCCGAUGAGUCCUUCAAGAGCUUCAUGAAUGAUGUGCAGAGUAUCCAGGAUUGUCUGGACGUGGUGUCCGCUCAACCAGCUGUGAACAUCCAUAGGUGGAAAGAUAUUAAGCUAGUUAAGCUGAAAGCUGCUGUGUCAGUUUUAAGUCAAACUAAAUUACUUGUUACAGAUAUCAGAUAUUUGCGGAGAGGAAGAGCCCUACGUAACAUCGCCAGGGUGACGUUAGAAACACAAGAUGUUGGACAGACAGCGGUCAAGGGGUCCCUUGCCCUCACCAAGUCAGGCAGGAGAAUGGCCAUCGGGCUCAACGCUCUCUUCCUCGGCGUAGAUGUCUUCUUCAUCUGUCACGACAGCAUCAGUCUGGCCAAAGGCAACGAGACUGAAGUCUCGCGGUUAAUCAGAGCCCGAGCCGCACUCUGGAGCUCAGAGAUGGGCUCGUGGCAGAAGAUCUAUGACUUCCUGCGCAGAGGUGAGCCGACAUCAGAGGAGAAGGAGGCCGUCCUGGAGAAGCCGUUUUAUCCAGAGAGCCAGAUGAAGAAAGAAUGAAAGACCAACCAUGAUGUGGUAGAGAGUGAUCCGAUUGAGUCGAUUUACUUAUCAUAUGUGACGAUGAGGAUCUGUCUCAAUACAUAAUGUCAAUCGUUUUUAUUAAGAAUGAUUGUAAGAGAGAAAUGCCACUUUCUGCUAUUUCCAAUGAUUCAAUGUGUGUUUUUAUGCUUUUAAGAUGCCUUUUCUGCUUCAGCCGUUCAACACCGAGAGGCCAAAUCACAUCAGUACUCAGAUGUUGAGGUACCUGCUUGUCUUAGCAAAGUGUUAUUGUCGCAAU